AAUUGUUUAACUUGGGUCAAACGUUAGCCUUCCACAAGCUUCCCACAAAGAGUUGGGUGAAUUUUGGCCCAUUCCUCCUGACAGAACUGAUGUAACUGAGUCAGGUUUGUAGACCUCCUUGCUUUUUCAGUUCUGCCUACAAAUGCUCUAUUUGAUUGAGGUCAGGGCUUCGUGAUGGCCACACCAAUACCUUGACUGUGUUGUCCUUUUUGUCAAUAACAGCUGCCAAUGUUUAAUAUUAAAGAAGUCUCGAGGUAUUGCUUGCCUGAGGCAGAGUACCUUGUGAUAAGCUGUAGACCACACUAUUUACCGAGAGAGUUCUCAUCUAUUUCAUUCAUAGCCGUCUAUUUACCACCACAGACCAAUUCUGGCACUAACACCACACUCAACCAACUCUUUAAGGCCAUAAGCAAACAAAAAAUGCUCAUCCAGAUGCGGCGCUCUUAGUGGCCUGGGACUUUAAUGUAGGCAAACUUAAAUCCAUUUUACCACAUUUUUACAAGCAUUUCACAUGUGCAAUCAGAGGGAAAAAAGCUCUAGACCACCUUUACUCCAUACACAGAGAUGCAUACAAAGCUUUCCGCCGACCUUCAUUUGGUAAAUCUGAGCAUAAUUCUAUCCUCCUGAUUCCUGCUUAAAAGCAAAAACUAAAACAGGGAUGUACCAGUGACUCGCUCAAUACGGAAGUGGUCAGAUGAAGCGGAUGCUACGCAACAGGACUGUUUUGCUUGCACAGACUGGAAAAUGUUCCGGGAUUCAUCCAAUGGCGUUGAGGAGUAUACCACCUCAGUCAUUAGCUUCAUCAAUAAGUUCAUUGACGAUGUCGUCCCCAUAGUGACCGUACGUACAUAUCCCAACCAGAAGCCAUGGAUUACAGGCAACAUCCGCAUUGAGCUAAAGGCUAGAGCUGCCGCAUUCAAAGAGCAGGACAAUAAUCCGGAGGCUUAUAAAAAAUCCGGCUAUGCCCUCAGAUGAACCAUCAAACAAGCAAGGCUUCAAUACAGGAUUAAGAUUGAAUCCUACUACACCAACUAUGACGCUCGUCGGAUGUGGUUAGGGCUUGGAAACUAUUACGAACUAUAAAGGGAAACCCAGAUGCAAGCUGCCCAGUGACGCGAGGCAAGCAACACUGAAGCAUGCACAAGGGCACCAGCUGUUCUGGAUUACUGCAUGAUAAUGCUCUCGGUAGCCGAUGUGAGCAAGAUCUUUAAAUGGGUCAACAUUCACAAAGCUGCGGGGCCAGACGGAUUACCAGGACGUGUACUCCAAGCAUGCGCGGACCAACUGGCAAGUGUCUUCACCGACAUUUUCAACCUCUCCCUUACCGAGUCUGUAAUAACUACAUGUUUCAAGCAGACCACCAUAGUCCCUGUGCCCAAAGAAGCAAAGGUAACUAACUAAAUGAUUACCGCUCCAUAGCACUCAUGUCGGUAACCAUGAAGAGAUUUGAAAGGCUGGUCAUGGCUGGCUCACAUCAACAGAAUCCUCCCGGAUACCUUAGACCCAAUCCAAUUCACAUACCACCUUAAACUAUCCACAGAUGACGCAAUCUCAAUCAUAGAUUGGCCUUUCCCAUCUGGACAAAAGGAACACCUAUGUGAGAAUGUUGUUCAUUGACUACAGCUUAGCGUUCAACACCAUAGAGCCCCCGAAGCUCAUCAUUAAACUUAGGAUCCUGGGAUUAAACACCUCCCUCUGUAACUGGAUCCUGGAAUUCCUAACGGGCCACCCCCCAGGUGAUAAGGGUAGGCAACAACACUUCUGCCACGCUGAUCCUCAACACGGAGGCCCCUCAAGGGUGUGUACUUAGCCACCUCCUGUACUCCCUGUUCACCCACGACUGCGUCGCUAAACACGACUCCAACACCAUCAUUAAGUUUGCUGACAACAAAACAGUGGUAGGCCUGAUCACAGACAAUGCUGAGACAGCCUAUAGGGAGGAGAUCAGAGAACUCGCAGUUUGGUCUCAGGGCAACAACCUCUCCCUCAAUGUGAGCAAGACAAAGGAGCUGAUCGUGGACUACAGGAAAAGGCGGGCUAAACAGGCUCCCAUUAACAUCGAAGGGGCUGUAGUGGAGCGGGUCGAAAGUUUCAAGUUCCCUGGUGUCCACAUCACCAACGAACUAUCAUGGUCCAAACACACCAAGACAGUCGUGAAGAGGGCACGACAAAACUUUUUUCCCCUCAGGAGACUGAAAAGAUUUGGCAUGGAUCCCCAUGUUCUACAGCUGCACCAUCGAGGGCAUCCUGACCAGUUGCGUGACCACCUGGUAUGGCAAUGUCUCGUCAUCUGACCGUAAGGCGCUAACAGAGGGUAGUGCAUACGGCCCAAUACAUCACUGGGGCCAAGCUUCCUGCCAUCCACGAACUCUAUAAUAGGCGGUGUCAGAGGAAAGCCUAUAAAAUUAUGAGAGACUCCAGUCACCCAAGUCUGUUUUCUCUGCUACCGUAAGGCAAGCAGUACCGGAGCGCCAAGUCAAGGACCAAAAGGCUACUCAACAGCUUCUACCCCCAAGCGAUAAGACUGCUUGAACAAUUAAUCAAAUGGCCACCGGACUAUUUACAUUGUUUUGUACACUGCUGCUACUCGCUGUUUAUUAUCUAUUUAUAGUCACUUCAUCACUACCUACAUGUACAAAUUACCUCAACUAACCUGUACCCCUGCACACUGACUUGGUACUGGUGCCCCCUUGUAUACAGCCUCGUUAUUGUUAUGUUAUUAUGUUACUUUUUUUUUUUUUUUUUACUUCAUUUGGUAAAUAGUUUCUUAACUCUUAUUGAACUGCACUGUUGGUUAAGGGCUUGUAAGUAAGCAUUUCACGGUAAGGUCUUCACUUGUUGUAUUCGGCGCAUGUGACAUGUGAUUUGAUGACUCUUAGGUAAAAGCGGAACUGUGUGCCUCAGCAAAAAGUCGCCCCCCAGAUGUAUGCCUAGUUUUCUUCUUAUAAGGCCAGCACAUUUCACCUUCUCGUAUCUCAUAUUACGUCUAUAUCAUGAUUCACUGGUAUUUGGAACAAAAUCCCCUAUUGCUGUGAACAAGCAGUUGCAUGUCAAAACAAUGACAUGACAAUGACAUGACAAAGAUAAAGCGGUGUGGGAAGAGGACAUUGAAAUGAAGGUUGAUUGCAAAACUUCCUGAAUUACCUCAGAGAUCUUGCUGUUUGUGAUGUCACACUGGCUCUGGCCAGUCUUCAGAGGAAGUCAUUCUCAAAGUCAAUCUAAAGACGUUCUUCUUGAAACCAACAGAAACGCCUGAACAGUGGAGACACACAGGAGAGGAGAUAAAAUAUGUUGAGGGGAGCAUAGACUGCCUUUUAAACCCAAUUGUUGUCACACUGACCCCAAAUGCAUGACUCAACUGAUAUUCCUCUGAGAUGCUUUGAAAAGAGGAAGAGGUGGAUUUUGUGAAAAAACGGCAACAUCCAAAGUUUCCUGGAAACGAAAUCAUACUCAAUCAAAGAUGGCUGAAAUGGCUACAGUUUCACAUGAUAACUAUACUUGCAGAGAGAACCUGUCCUGCAUAUCACCUCAGAAUCUGGUGGCCGACAUACUGCCUCCUGUCCUGAUUAUAGAGCUCCUACUGGGCCUGCCAGGCAAUGUAGUGGCCCUGUGGAUCUUCACUUGCCGUCUGAAGAUCUGGAGGGUCAACACUCUGUUCCUCUUCAACCUGGUCCUGGCUGACUUCAUGCUGCUCAUCUGCCUGCCCUUCCGCAUUGACAACCUGCUCCGUGGGGAAUACUGGGUGUUUGGCGACGCCUGGUGCCGGAUCAACCUCUUCAUGCUGGCUGUCAACCGUUCGGCAAGUAUUGCCUUCAUGACUAGCGUGGCCUUCGACCGCUACUUCAAGGUGGUCCAUCCGCACCACCGCAUCAACCACAUGACGUCUACCCAGGCGGGAAUGGUGGCGGGGGGCAUCUGGGCGGUAGUGAUCUCCCUGCGGGUCCCCCUGCUGGCCACCAACCUCCUAAGGGAACAUGGCAACAUCUCCCUGUGCCGCAGCUUCAACUUCUACACCGUGAUUCCUCCGGCGAUCCUGCUGCACUAUAUGGUGUUCAUCGGGGAGUUCUUCCUGCCUCUGCUGCUCCUGCUGUUCUGCUCAGCCAGGAUCGCCUGCAUCCUGCGCCAACGGCAGCUGGACAAAGAGAAGAAGGUGCGGCGGGCCAUCCGGGUGGUGGUGCUAAUUGUGGCUGUGUUUGUGCUGUGUUUCUUUCCUGGCAUCGCCACAGGCCUGGUUGCGCUCUAUAUCAAGCAGUUCAGAUGUUGGGACUGUGAAUCCUACAAAAUGGCAGGCCAGCUUUUCAGCCUGUCCAUUGGCUUCACCUACCUUAACAGCGCCCUGGACCCUGUCAUCUACUGCUUAUCCAGCUCCAUGUUCCAGAACUCCCUCAAGAGCUCCAUCAAUAAGAUGGGCCUUGUGGAGUUGAGGCUGAGCCGACGGGAAGCAUGGCCAGCGAUGGGUGAGGGAGGCAACUCUGGCCCUUUCCUCCAGAGACAGGCCCCACCUUCUAGAAGGUCCUAAUAAGGAGAACAGACUCAUGGCAGUGAAUUGAAUGGAGACGAGACAGUGGAAUUUUACAGCUGUAAUUAACAAGCCAUAUGUUAUAUUCAGAAACAUUUCGUAGCUAUGUGGGAUACGUACUUGAAAUGGCUGAAUACCAGUUAGUGUGAAACAAAGAUAGGAAAAAGAAUGCAACCAUUCCAUCUGAAUUUGACAUUAUUUUCACAACCAUCUGAUGUUGUAGAAUGGCAUUAUGUUUUUGUCUUGAUUUUAAUAUGUCUGUCAAACACACCAUCAUUUUUACCAAAUACAGUAUUCAUACAGCAAGAUGUUUAAUCAAGUGUAUGUGUUACUCAGUUCUUUAUAAAAUAUAUAUAUUUUUAUGUGAUGUUUGUGCUUAGAGUAUACUGUACACUGUGUACAAAACAUGUUCUUUCCAUUACAUAGACUGACCAGGUGAAUCAAGGUGAAAGCUAUGAUCCCUUAUUGAUGUCACCUGUGAAAUGAAUUUCAAUCAGUGUAAAUGAAGGGGAGGAGACAGGAUUUGUACAUCUUGAGACAAUUGAGACAUGGAUUGGGUAUGAGUGCCAUUCAGAGGGUAAAUGGGCAAGACAAUAGAUUUAAGUGCCUUUGAAUGGGGUAUGGUGUUAGGUGCCAGGCGCAGUGGUUUGAGUGUGUCAAGAACUGCAACGCUGCAGAGUUUUUCACGCUCAGCAGUUUCCCGUGUGUAUCAAGAUUUGUCCACCACCCAAAGGACAUCCAGUCAACUUGACACAGCUGAGGGAAGUAUUGGAGUCAACAUGGGCCAGCAUCCCUGUGGAACGAUUUCAACACCUUGUAGAGUCCAUGCUCCAAAUUGAGGCUGUUCUGAGGGCAAAAGGGAUGCAAUGCAAUAUUAGGAAGGUGUUCCUAAUGUUUUGUACACUGAGUGUAUAUUUUUCUAUCUCGAUAUUUUGUUAAUUUGUGAUGAAUGGAAUGGCAAUAAAGAUUAUCCUGAAUGUUAUGUAAAAUACAUAUGAAGCCACAGAUGAAGCCUGUCAAAGCCACAGAAGCCACAGAUGAAGGGGAACUCUUGACUGCUGCUGGGGGAGAGAGACUCUUCUCUUCAAAGACUCACAUUAUACACACAAAAGUGCUACAUGUCAUCCUUUGUUGCACAGCACCUGGCAGCAGCAAGAGAACUCAAUCAAUGGCUGUAGGUGUAAUUACCGCUGAGCGACCACUGCUGUGCCAACAUGUGACUCUGACAUGUGGCUUACUGGGACGAUACACGGCAGUGCAAACAGAGGUAUUAAAUAUCUUUCUCUCAAGUUUC